CGUAUAAUAACAAUUUCGCACUUUCUAUAAAAAGAUCUUAUUUCAUUUUUUUCCAUUACGUUUAAUACAUUUAGAAUAUUUUUGUUAGAUCUUUCUUAUAUCCUCUUAUAUUUUUAAAUAUGAACGAAUCGGGAUCUAAUUUAGUGACCACCUAUGCUUUUAAAGGAGGGAAAGAAUAUGUCGUAAAAAUGAAAGUGAUGGCUUUUAAACGAUGUCAAAGAUGUUUGGAAUUGACAAUAACUGAUAAAUUUACUGCUGAGGAUUGGCGAUCAUCUUAUGAUACUGCAUAUAUUGAAAAUUUGACUCAUAAAACAGGAAAUUAUAAACAGUUUGACGUAUUUGUCGCAAUGCUACAAUCAGGACUAUUAAAAACAAGCGAGUCUAUAACAUUGGAUUUAUUGACUUUUGAGGAUCUAGAAUUAUUACGUUCUCGCAAAAUUGAUAGUAGUUCUGUUUCAGCUAUGAGUAAUAAGGCAAAUAAUCGACGGUAUCUCAUUUUAACAUAUACAGUAGAAUUUGAUCGAAUCCAUUAUCCAUUGCCCUUGGAAUACUGUGGUUUGCCUGAUCCAACAAUAUUGCAAGCAACAAUAAGAAGAUUGCAAGCUGAAAUUGAAAGAUUAAAUUCUACUGGUAUGAACAAAGACCUUCAAAAACGAAUAGAGAAACUUACAAUCACAAAUCAAAGGUUACUUGAAGAAAAUCAUAAACUCUCUAAUGGAGGAAAGGGUAUAAGACGAUUAGCAAGUGCAAUAAGUGCAUUAGAAAAUAGCGUUGCCAAAGAACGAACAUCAUUUCGAGUACAAAUUCAAAAACUUCGUGCUGAAAAUGCUGUAUUGUCUCUAAAAAUACGUCAGCUUACUGAGUCUACUACCAGAAGAUCUGGUGAUGGUAGUCCUGCGUUUAAACGUCGGACUCCUCCACCUUCUUCGCAUAGUCGUCGUUCCAUUAAUAGAAGAAGUAGAAGUCGAUCUCCUUCUAUUUCUGGUCAUUUUAAAACAUCUAGCCUGUCACCUGGAAGUUCAGUGGAGUCAUUUCAAACUAAAAAUUCUUCGAAUCGGAACAUUGUAAAAUCACGUUACAUUUCCUCUAAAGAAUCAAAGAUUGAUUUUGGAAAUUUGGAAUCAAGAAUUUACACACUUCAAAAAAUGUUAAAAGAGGGAAUUAAUUUAAGUUAAAAAAAUGAAUACAGUAAUAUUUACUCUUUAUGUAUAUACAAAUUAAAUACAUACCUUUAUUUGUUAAAAUUUUUAUUGAUUUUUAUAGUAAUUACAAAUUAUGUCAGUAUUAAUCAAAAGACUAGAAUUACAUGUAAAAUUGUAAGGUAGUGACAACAAUAAGCAUGUCUUACUAAUCGAUUACCUCAGUUUGCUUUAAUUUUAGUUUUCUACAUUAUUUUCCUAUGAAAAAUGAAGUAUAAUAAUUUAAAAAAAAUAAAACUAACAUCAAACAUAAAUUUUAUAUUGUAUAUGUUCUAUAUUCCAGAAGUAAGAAAGCAAUGUAAAGUUACAAAUUUAUAGGAUAACUAGAAUAAAAUGCCCUGAUAACAAAUAAAUAAUAUUCCAGGGCUUUAUUAGAGACAACCUGUUAUUUUAAAAUACAAUUUUAUAUAUCUGAAAGAACUUCUGAUAUAUACAAAAUAUACAUAAGAUACAUAAAUUAUAAUAUUAUAUGGAAAAAAAAUUAUUAUUGACCGAAACAUAAAAAAUU